UUCCAGGAGUUGGGAAGCACCACAGAGAGCCAGGAGCCAACAAAUCAUCUCAACACCUAAAUGAGGCAUUAAGUUUGCAGAUCUGUUGCUGUGUCUGAAACCUCACCAGGGAACACAAGUAUUAAAAAUGGCAGAAAAGGUGAAUAACUUCCCACCACUUCCCAAGUUCAUCCCACUGAAACCAUGUUUCUACCAGAAUUUUGCUGAUGAAAUUCCCAUCGAUUACCAGUUCCUGGUGAAGAGAAUCUAUCAUGUGUGGAUCUUUUACUGCAUCACGCUGGCCGUGAACCUCAUUGCCUGCCUGGCCUGGUGGAUCGGGGGCGGCUACGGGGUCAACUUUGGCCUGGCCAUCCUCUGGCUGAUCCUCUUCAGCCCCUGUGGCUACAUCUGCUGGUUCCGCCCUGCCUACAAAGCCUUCCGGUCAGACAGUUCCUUUAAUUUCAUGGCCUUUUUCUUCAUCUUUGGGGCACAGUUCCUCCUCACGGUGCUGCAGGCGAUCGGCUUCUCCGGAUGGGGAGCGUGUGGAUGGUUGGCAGCCAUCACCUUCUUCAGCACCAGCGUGGCAGCUGCUGUGUUCAUGCUGUUCCCUGCCAUCAUGUUCACCAUGUCAGCAGUUGCAAUGCUCAUCUGCAUUGUAAGGGUACAUAAAAUCUACCGAGGGGCUGGUGGAAGCUUCCAGAAGGCUCAAGAUGAGUGGAACAGUGGUGCAUGGAGGAACCCUCCCAGCAGGGAGGCCCAGUACAGCAAUUUUUCUGGGAACAGCCUGCCAGAGUAUCCCACAGUGCCCAACUACCCCUCUGGAAACCAAUGGCCUUAAGCAGCACCAGCUGCAAACUGCCUGGAUUCUCUCCUUUUUGGUCUUUUUAUUCUUGUUCUUGGAAAAGAUCAUUUGCAUUCCCCCCCAAGCACCCCACUCAUCUCGGGGACCUUUCUGGUUCUUGUCUCCUGAUCCCUGCAGAAUAUCCGUGCUCUCAGCCCUUCCCACCUCCACUGCACUGCACGGCCAUGGCAGAAAGCUUUUUGUUUGCCUUGAGUCACCAGUAUUUGCCUCGUUGCAGACUGAGAACAAACCCUUCACUGUCCUUGCUUGAGGGAAUCCUCUCCUGACCAUCCCUGGAAAAGGCUCAGCUUCCCUGCAAUGGCAACACUCCCACAGCUGCUCCCUGCUCCUGCCCAGCUUCCACGGAAUGCCCAGCACAGCACCACACUGUCUGUAGCAAAAGCAAUCAGAGCGUUAGUAGCAACUGAUGUUUACUCUCCUGGAUGAAUAAUGUGGAAUUUUUCACUCUAAGGGAAAUGCAGCACUUAAAUUAUUUGGUACUGGUGACACUGAAGUGAUUUGUGAAAGCUCCACCCUCCGUGGGAGGAUCCCUGCAGGUAACAGAGUGUGCCCUGGGUGAGUCCUCGGAUGUGAAGUCCCCACAAGUCCUCAUUUGCCUGCCUCAGACUGUUGUGAUGCUACAGGUCUUGCUUUCCCUGCUGCCAAAACCUCUUGUUGGAUCUGUGUGUUCCAAAGGGGCAGAUUCAUCUCCUUAGGUUCAUGAUUGCUCACUGGAGCCUGAACCAAAGCCCAGUGGAAACCAGUGCAGAGCUGACACUGGGCCUUGGUGAUGUUCCCCCGGUACAGGGACUCAGCAGGAGAUCUCCCCACCAUGUAACCUCAGCCAGGUUUUGUGCUGGCCCAAGAAAUGCCCCACAGGACACACCUUGUCCUGUUGGGACAGCUUUUUCCUGGGUUCCCAGCCAGGAGCUGGAUGCAAGAUAAUGUCUGAUCUCAGUGCUGGAGCCCCAGUGUGGUUUGGAGACGCUUCUGUUAUAAUGAAGAGUUUAAUUCUGCCUUCUGCUGGUGUAGCUGAACUCCAAACAUUACAAUGGGGUCUGGGACACCAGGGGAAGUUUCUUAGUCCUCAUGGCUGCUGUUGGCUCUGUGGCUGGCAAGACUUCCAUGAGGGAGGGAUUCCUGCUUUUCUCCAAGAAUCAGCUGAAGGGAGGAUGAAGCUGUUGAGAGGGAUUGUUUUCCCUGAGAUUAUCCUGCACCUUGUCAUUCAUCUCCAUUCUGUGCCUGAGCCAUCCAAUUGCCUGUGCCCUACGGUGAUCCAGGCAGCAAAGGCUGCAGUUUCCUCUUCCCCCUCAGCCUGCUGUGAAUUUUUUCAAACCUGUCCAAACUGGGAGGUCAGUUUCCAAUUUUUUUAUAGGGAGUGAGUGUUCCAAGUCUUUGGCUCUCAAAGUUUUGGCCAAUGAUCUAGAGUGCUCCAUUUGGGAGACCUAGGAGGGGUUGGGCACCCUGGGGAUCAGACCCAGAGCCUGCUGUCUUGGCAGGCUGAUGAUGGGGUUAUUCCAAAUUCCCAAAUUCCCACUGAGCAACUGGAAAACAAAACUGGCUCCUGGAAAGGGACAGGAACAUGGUCCUAGCUAGGUGGAAUUGAUUUGCAAGUGGUCUUUUGAAAAUUUUUCUCUACAUGUGCCUUAUCUAAUGAAAUCACGAUUCACAGAGGAGAGCUCCCACAUCCCCCUCACCCCUGCAGAAUUCCCUGUGUCCCUAUUAACUUGUCCUGUGUCACACUAUAAAUAAUAAGGGAAGCACAGUCUGGAGUCUGCAUGACCCCUGUGUUACCAGGGCCAAAGCAAAAGCAACCCCAGAUGGGAGGGCAGAGCCUCCCCGAAUUUCCGUUUACAGCCACACUGACCCCCUGCAGCCCUCCACUGGCUCUGGGACAUGGAAUGUGCUCCCAACACCAGGGGGUUUUCCUGGAGAGUGUGCAAUGUGCUUGGGAGGAGGAGCUCUUGGAGCCUUCUUAACAAAACACGGCCUGAGGGCGUUGUGAAGCUUUUAGGUGCCUUUGUCUAGUGUCAAGUGUAAUUUUAAGUGUUCUUUGUCGCUUGCCAUGGAGUGAUGAAAGAACUGCCUGGCGUUGACUCCCUGGAAAUACGAUGGAUGCACCAUGGGGUGAGGGUCAGCGGGGCUGAAGGUGGCGUUGGCCACACUUGGGAGCCAGGACAUGAUGUGUCCCUUGCUCCUGCCCCUCGCCAUCCUCAGCCUCUUGCCAAAAUCCUUCCAAACCCUUUGAUACUUGCCCCAUUUCAGUGUGUCACCUUGGAGGUUUUGAAGGAAUCAAGAGGAGAAGCCUUGCUGGGGGCUCCACAUCCUGCUCUCUUUGGGAUUUUCCCCUUGGAGAAUCUGGGGGCUGUGUUGAAGCACCCGCCCUCAGUCACACUGGAAAUGCUUGGUGCGAGGAGAGGGGGUGCCUGGGAGCCUGCCCACCGGAAUGGUUGAAGCUGGACACCAAAAUCACCCCCUGUUAGCCUGCACUGCCUGAGAUCCCUGUGGAGAUCAAAGCACCUCCAGGUGGGAGCUGCCAUCUCAUCCCCCCACCUCCUCUGCGAUGCCAGAAACCGUAAUUCCAGAAAGUUGACCUGACACGCUGCCUGAACAACUGUGGCUUAAUUUUUUUUCUUGUUUUUUUGGACUCCUAUAUGUUUUUAAAUGUUUACAUUAGAUUUCUGAAAGUUCUUAACACCAUUAACCCAGCCCUGGCUCCUGGUGUGGUCGGGCGUCACGUGCCGUGUCUGUGUGCGAUGUUUCAUGUCACCUGUGGAGCUCUGGGUUUUGUUUGUGUUUUUCUCCUGAUCACAAGACAAUAAAUGCUCAUCCUGUGCUUGAUGAGGAGAACUGGCCGCAUGGGAGAAGUGUCUGUUCCUAGGUAACCAGAGUUAUCUGGCAGAGGGAAAUGGCAAAAUCUCUGUGUUCCUCCAAAGUCUCCCACUGCAUGUUGUUUUCUCUGUAAAAGAACAGCACGUUGAUGGAUGAGGCUCAUCCUCUGUGCAGGGGACUGGUGUCCGUGGCUUGUUGUGGUUUGUACUCUUAGAGAUGCCCCAUCAGCUUUGACUAAAGGUGCUGCCGUUGUUUCCAUCUUCUAACAAUGGGAUUGGAGAGCAGAGCUGUGGAGAAAGUCCCAUCUCCCAAGGACUGGGGUCAUUUUUGUGGCCUUUCCCUCGUGCAGAGAGCCCCUGGCAGUGCUGGUGUCUGCUUUCCCCAGUUAUUGCCUGGAAGGAGACUGUUACCCUUGAAGUAAAUGGCCUUGGACAGCAAAGGUGAGUUGAAUCCCUUUAGCAUGUGGCUGAAUUUAUUGCCCAAAAUGUUUUUCCAAAGCUAUCACAGAAUCCCAGAAUACUUUGUGUUGGAAGGGACCUUAAAGCCUGA